AUGGCUAACAGAGUCCAGAGCCGCUAUGAGCAGGUCACGGACGACAUCAAGUUCCUCGGCGACGACGCCACAAGAGCAUUACUCGCCUCUAGUGAGCCUUUCCUAUCACGCAGAACACCCACUGUCGGAGAACGAAUGACUUCCGCUGAUUCAGAAGAUGAGAUUGAGACUCAACUUAAAGACUACGCCUUUACGGUGAAUGGCGCAGGGUAUAAGCUCAAUGAGACCUUCUCAACGCGAGCCGAGCCAUGCAAAGUGAUUGCAGCAACUCUUGACGGUGAUAUCUGCGUCUUAUUCCUCAGUCGCUCGCUCCCAUCAUAG